GUUUCUAAUCCUGUGUGUUAAUAGUGAUAUUGCAAUGAAUAACCUUGUGUAUAUGUAGAAAUCACUUUGCAUAUGUGUUAUUCUCAUCAUGAAUAAAUUCCUAGAAGUAGAAUUGCUAGUCAAAGAGUAUGUGCAUUUGUAAUUUUGAUCAGCAUUACUAAAUUGUCUUGGAGAGUACCACUUUACACUCCCAGGAUUAAUACAUGAAAAUGGCUGUUUCUCUAUACCAUUAACCUUAUCAGUUCUACAGUGUUAACAUACUUUUUGACCUUUGCUAAACUAAUAGAUGAAAAAUGAUCAUUGCAGUGCAGUUAUAAUUUGUAUAUGUCUUAUUAGACUGAGGUUGCAUAUCAUUCCAUAUGCUUACAGCUUAUACUAUUUUUUUCUAUGGGAUUAUUUUGCUUUUUCUGGGAACUCUAUAUAUUUAGCUUUUUGAAUAUAAGCUGCACUUUUUUUUGCAUUUUGUAAUUUAUCUUUUGAUUUUGUUUAAGGUGGGUUUCGUCAUGAAUAAAUGUUUUAUAUUUAUGUGUUUGAGUUUAUCUAAAGUAUAGGAUUUUACAUAGUAAAAUUUUAUUUUAGGCAAUAGUUCAGCAUAUGUGAAAAUGUUAAAUUUCUGAAAGAACAUACAAGAAGUUGGUAACAUUGGUUACCUUUGGGUAGCUAGAGUUACCUCUCUAGGUUGUGGGGGAAUCUGUUUUUUUCUUUUCUUCUCUUUUUCAAAUUCUUAAUAACUUUAGAACAAAAAGAAGAAAAACAAACCGAAACCUGCCGCAGAACCGAGUAACAACAUCCCAGAUUCUAGCAAAUCAGUUUCCAUUCAAGAGGAACAGUCUGCGCCUUCCUCAGAAAAAGGUGCUAUGAAUGGCUACCAUGUCAAUGGUGCCAUCAAUGACAGUGAGUCUGUGGACUCACUCAGUGAAGGUUUGGAGACACUUUCAGUAGAUGCCAGAGAAUUAGAGGAUCCUGAGUCUGCCAUGCUAGAUACGCCGGAUAGAACGGGAUCCAUGCUGCAGAAUGGUGUCUCUGAUUUUGAGACCAAGUCUUUGACUAUGCACUGUAUUCAGAAUUCUCAACAACCCAGGAAUGCUGCCAAAUCUCUCUCAAGACCUACCACAGAAACUCAGUUUUCAACUAUGGGGAUGGAAGAUGUUCCCCUCUCCACCAAUAAAAAGCUAAGUUCCAAUAUUGAAAAAUCUGUGAAAGACCUCCAGCGCUGCACAGUGUCUCUUGCACGGUAUCGAGUUGUAGUUAAAGAAGAGAUGGAUGCUUCCAUUAAGAAAAUGAAACAAGCCUUUGCUGAAUUGGAGAGCUGGUAAGUUAAGCUGCAUUUGGUA